GCUCAGCUCAAAAUGCUGAACUGCCGGUGGGAAGUCGCUUGUGCUGUGGCAGUCGGAGUCUGUGCUCGGGCCUGAGCCUGGAGGCCGGGCUCCUGGGUGUCGUUAAUGUUCGGGGCCGCCGGGCGCCAACCGAUCGGAGCUCCAGCAGCCGGGAACAGCUGGCAUUUCAGUCGAACCAUGGAAGAACUGGUUCACGAUCUUGUCUCAGCACUGGAGGAGAGCUCUGAGCAAGCUCGAGGCGGAUUUGCGGAGACCGGAGAUCAUUCUCGAAGUAUUUCUUGCCCUCUGAAACGCCAGGCGAGGAAAAGAAGGGGGAGAAAACGGAGGUCGUAUAACGUUCAUCACCCGUGGGAGACUGGUCACUGCUUAAGUGAAGGCUCUGAUUCGAGUUUAGAAGAACCAAGCAAGGACUAUAGAGAGAAUCACAGUAACAAUAAGAAAGAUCCUAGUGACUCUGAUGACCAAAUGUUAGUAGCAAAGCGCAGGCCGUCAUCAAACUUAAAUAAUAAUGUUCGAGGGAAAAGACCUCUCUGGCACGAGUCUGAUUUCGCUGUGGACAGCCUCGGGAACCGAACUCUGCGCCGGAGGCGGAAGGUAAAACGCAUGGCGGUGGAUCUGCCCCACGACAUUGCCAGCAAGCGGACGAUGACCCAGCCCCUGGAAGGUUGUAGAGACCAGGACAUGGACAAUGACAGAGCUUACCAGUAUCAAGAGUUUACGAAGAACAAAAUCAAAAAAAGGAAAUUGAAAAUAAUUAGACAAGGACCAAAAAUCCAAGACGAAGGAGUGGUUUUAGAAAGUGAGGAAAUGAGCCAGUUCAAUAAAGACAAAAUGGAAUAUGAAGAGCAAAAAGUCUCAGAUGAACUCAUGAGUGAAAGUGAGUCCAGCAGUCUCAGCAGCACUGAUGCUGGUUUGUUUACCAAUGAUGAGGGAAGACAAGGUGAUGAUGAGCAGAGUGACUGGUUUUAUGAAAAGGAAUCAGGCGGAGCCUGUGGCAUCGCUGGAGUAGUGCCCUGGUGGGAGAAGGAAGAUCCUACCAAGCUAGACAAAAAUUUACCAGAUCCUGUCUUUGAAAGUAUCUUAACUGGUUCUUUCCCCCUUAUGUCGCAUCCGGGAAGAAGAGGUUUCCAAGCUAGACUCAGUCGCCUUCAUGGAAUGACUUCUAAGAAUAUUAAAAAAUCUGGAGGGACCCCAACUUCAAUGGCUACAAACUGGACCAGUGAGAUUCCCCUAUAAACCAAAUCUUCUAAUGCUAAUAAAUUAGUUACGUUUUGAACAUCUGGGGAAUGACAUUCGAGGGAACCUGGCUCCUGUCCUCUUCCCCUGGAGGAGUAUCAUUGAAGUGGGACCCUCUUUGAUGAAAAGAUGGGGCUGUUUUUGCUGGAGGACUGGCAUUCUUCCUUUAGUCAGAAGUGAACUGGUUGGGGAGGCUUUCUAGGAAUCUAGGUUGGCCCAAGGGUGGGUAGAAGCUACUGUAAAUUUUAUAUAUUUUUCUCUUUUAUGAUUCUUUUUUACAUUGAAUCCAUUAUGUAUCACUUGCUUUGCCAAAAGGUAGAAACUUUGCAACUUCCAGAUCUCACAUAAGUAUUCCUACUGUCUAUAUUGUGACUGGCUAAGAAGUUAUUUUUACAUAACCAACUGUUGUAAAUAAAAAAACAUGAUGCAUUGACAUUUAUGGUUCAUUUUUAGAGUCUUAUAUAACCAGCAUUAUUUAAAAUAUUUGAAUUUUACUCAGGGUAUUUUAACAAGGGCUAGGAUGAGUAGUAGGUAAGGUUGAUGGUCUUUGCUAGAGUUUGUAUUUUGUUUGCUUUCUACUUGGAAAAUCUGCUCUGUAAUACAAACCCAUUGUAUUUUAUAGUAUAGUUUUCAUUGUACUGCAAAAAUCAUCCUUGUUUUAAACUACAGUAAUAACUAGUUUGUGCUAGUAGAAUCAUUUACUAUUACCUUUUAAAUGACCUGCUUUGAUACUGAAAUCACUCAAAAUUAUAAUUUUGGCUUAGAGCUUAUUGAAAUCAUGUGAAAGCUGGUAUUUCCACAAUUACUGUAUAUGUCUGAAUCACAUUGUCUUGUUUAAAAGUGAGAGCCGCUUGCACAGUCUUAGAAUGGCACAUCCUAUGUGUCACCGUGAGUGUCAGAAAUAUUUGCAUGAGCUCAGUUUCACCAGCAAAGGGGAUAAUGUACAUUUCUAUUGAUGGUGUAAUUUAGACACUAUCCUACAUUCAGGCCAUUUGAGCUCUUCAAAAUGGUUAUAUUAAAAUGAUUAAUAUUUUUAUUAAGUUCUGAUAAUUGAUGAAUACUGUGAUUUAAUACAUGUAUUUUUAUAUUACUGUAUGGAUUAAUUGUUAAUUCAGCAUUUAAUGGCUAACUUAAAUAUGAUGAUCGGAAAAGAAACUUAAAGUUGACAUUUCCUUUACCUAAAAUUACUACAGUCUGAAAGAUUUCAGCAAAUGUAUUAAGUGGGAAUGUGUGACAUCUUUUAGAUUGCUUGUCUAAACUGGAGGGAUUAAAAAUGAUAAAGUACAACUUUGAGUCUCUUUACCUUUGCAUAUUUAAAAGUGAUAUUUUAGAGGUACAAUAAUGUGGUGUUUGGUAUUGUAAGUAAGCUUUUUUGUGCUAUGUCCUUGGAGUGAAAAUCCACGACUUUUUUUUCUGCAUUACAUAAAUGAUUUCAUUUUAUUUUGUAUAAUGACUGUCUUUCAGAUCUGAAUAAGUCACUUUAAAACCUUGGCCUAUGAACUUUGCCUUACCAAUCAUGAAUCUAGAUGAAUGCUAUCUAGUUCUUGGUUCAGUUGUACCUAUUUUUAUUUUUGGUUCACUGCUUGCUUGAGCAUAGCUGGGAUUUGUAGCCCAUUUUCUAGGCUUAUUGCAAUCUCACUGUGGUAUUUUAUAGAAGCUAUUACAACUGAUAGGUGAGCUUCCUGGUAUUGAUGACACAUGACUUAACCAUAGUAAAAGCUGCCUUCCCUCCCUAAAUUGUAAAAAGGUGAUUAAGUUUCACUUGAUGGAGAUAUACUAUAUAUGUGUAUUUAUCAUGGAACUAGUGCAUUAGGCCAUAAACUGUUUUCCUGGUCUAUGUUUUUUGUAUUCAUAAUUUUACUGAAAACAGUGGGUUCCUUCAGGUUUUCUUUCUUUCAAGCCUGAAUUGUCCUUGUUUGGAUUCUUAAAUACUGUAAUUUUUUUUUCAAUAAAAUAUCUGACUUGGACAAGA